AUGCUCUACGCACCGUUUGCCUCGGAUAUAGAACUGCCCUUUUACACUGCCCUAACAUCCCUGAAAAUAAAUCAUGACAAGCUUGAUGAUUCGGCUCGCCGAGUCCUAGGCCUUUAUGAAAUUCGGCCUACGGACGCUCCAAACGCCUCGUGUCGAAUGCAAAUACACGGGAACGCACUCACUAGUGACAGGAUUCCUUCUGGAUAUUAUCACGCUGAGGGUAUAAUAAAGAAUGUUAACACCAUCGAAGAAUACACAAAUACUGAUAGAGCACGUCUGCUCCGACAGUCCGGGGAGAAGAUAUGGAAUGCCGUACGCGAUGGAAGUAUUUACUCUUGUCCAUCCCUACUCUCGUCCUUCGUGAUUCUAUCCUACGCCGAUUUGAAGAAGUACAAGUUCCACUAUUGGUUUGCAUUCCCUGCUUUGCAUUCGGAUCCUUCAUGGGUCCCUGUGGGUGAACCCUUGUCAAUUGCGGAGCUCGGUAAUGGUGAGAGUUCAGUGGGACGCGCGGACGCUCGGCCGAAGAGUGAAAGCUUAGCUCUAGUCGAUGCAAUUCAGACAUGGAGCCACACAGUAGACGACCGUCAGCGAGGUUUUUUCUUGGCUCGGAAAGUAUACAUUGCUGAGAAGUACGCAAAUCGUAGAGAAGUGGUCGCAAAUCAAAGUUCCGGAGACACAGAUGAGAUACGAAAGCCGCAAUGGCAAAUCGCAUGUCUUUCGUCCUUUGAGGAAGGCUUUUUUGAGGGAUUUGACUUUGAUGAAUGUUUGGUCGGCUUUGCGGAUCCCUCCAACUAUGAAGAUGCACCAGGCUGGCCUCUCAGAAAUCUACUAUUGCUUGCCAAACAUCGCUGGGGACUUGAUAAGAUCCGGGUGCUGAGAUACCGCGAUGGGCCUUCGGGGCGUGGUCAAUGUCGCAGUAUUGUGCUGACACUAGAGCUGAAGACUGCGCAAACAUCAAGCGUUGCGAACGUUCAUAGUCCCUCCAGAAAUAUGCCGAAAGUUACAGGCUGGGAGCGCAAUCCAUCCGGAAGAUUGACAGGACGGUUGGUUGACCUUACGGAAUAUAUGGACCCCAAAAAAUUGGCCGACCAGUCCGUUGAUUUGAAUCUCAAACUCAUGAAAUGGAGGAUUAGCCCAAAUCUGAAUCUGGAGAAAAUAAAAGCUACCAAAUGCCUGCUGUUAGGGGCGGGCACGCUAGGCAGCUACGUUGCUCGAAAUCUGAUGGGAUGGGGCGUUUCCAAAAUCACUUUCGUGGACAAUGGUUCCGUUUCUUUCUCCAAUCCAGUAAGACAGCCGCUCUUCAAAUUCACCGACUGUCUAGAAGGAGGGGCCAAGAAAGCGCUUCGAGCUUCGCAGGCUCUAUCUGAGAUUUAUCCAGGGGUAGAGUCCGCGGGUCAUGUACUUUCCGUGCCAAUGGUGGGACACCCUGUCAUGGAUGUCGAGAGAACGCAAGCAGAGUUUGAGACACUGCGAAGACUAAUUGAUGAGCAUGAUGCUGUAUUUCUUCUGAUGGAUACACGGGAAUCUCGAUGGCUACCGACAGUUAUGAGCAAGGCUGCAGGCAAAAUUGUGAUGAAUGCAGCGCUGGGCUUUGACUCCUUCGUGGUGAUGCGUCAUGGAGUCCAGUCAGAAACCGAUGACUCGGCGCAACUGGGUUGCUACUUUUGCAAUGAUGUCGUUGCACCAAUGAAUUCCACCAAAGACCAAACGCUGGAUCAGCAAUGUACAGUUACUCGUCCCGGCGUCGCCGCUAUAGCGUCCGCUAUGCUAGUAGAGCUUCUUGUCUCCGUUAUCCAACACCCGUUGGGUGCAGCAGCGCCAGCUCAAGUUUCACGUAAUCAGGACCGAGGUGACCAUCCGUUAGGUCUUAUACCACAUCAAAUUCGGGGAUUCUUGUCAACUUUCGAAAAUGUCUCGGUGGUAGGGAAAAAUUACAGAUUCUGUAGUGGAUGUUCGGACAACAUCGUUGAGACGUUCAAAAUGGAUGGCUGGGAUUUCGUACACAGGGCUUUGAAUGAGCCUGGAUACUUGGAAGAAUUGAGUGGACUGAAAGAGGUAAGCUAA